GUGUUUACAGAUGAUAGUGAGCAAUGUAAAUCAAAUGCAUACAGACUUAUGCACACUAUGUUUUCAUCCGAAUAGACGUGCGUUUCUAUAGAAAAACCUAGUUUUUAAACGUGACGAGUUUAACCAAUGUUUUUACAAAAACGUGGGUCUUUUAUCACAGAAGGCCAAUUGAGGUUUUCCUGAUGACGGUCUUGUUGAAAGUGGCCCCAGUAGUAUGGAUACGCUUGCAUUCAAAUACAUGGAGCUGUGUAAAGUGGAGUCCAGUACUGAUUCCGAAUCAGAUGUCAGUCCAAGAUGGUCUGAUACCAGCACCAUGGGAUGUGGAAGUAGUGCGGCAGAGAGCAGACAACCCAUUCAAAGGAUGCUAACAUGUUCACACAAGCCGGUGGGACGAUAUUCGUGGCUUUCUUUGUCCUUGGACCCAUAUGACGGGAGCUCAGAAGAUUCGGACGAGUCUAUAGCUGGCCCCAGGCGACCGAGGCAGGGGAGCUGCAGGUAUUGGGGCAGGAGCCAAAGAAGGAACAAUCCCACUCCCACUCUCAAAGAAGUGAUCAAAAGUGGUGGUCCAACAGAGCCUCAUCUCAUUGAUGUCCAGAUGAGGUCAGCAAGUGACUCUGAGCUAUGGACAUGCAGCCACAUGGAUACCAUGUCAUCCUGCAGCCACAGCAAGGGGCGGGGCCCUGUGGCAGAGACAUCUGCAGACUCAGUGCUCAAUACUAAAUCUUCACCUUGCACACUUGUGUUUCCCACUUUUGUGGGGGCAGCAACCUUAGUCCCCAAAGUCCAGAUACCAGAGAAAUCUCCCGACAGUACUAUCCCCCUCAGGGGUGUCUUCAAAAGGAAGUUAAGUCUUCCAGGAGCAGAGGCACUACAAGAUUGUUACCACAGGAAGAAGCAGUGUGUAACCAAAAUGGAGGCUGGGGAUUCUCCUCCUGAGGUGAGCUGGUCCAUGACCAGAAACACCCCCCUAGCCUAGAGACACUAUUGCUUAUACUUGCUUAUCUACACAGGUGGCUAGGAGCGGUUUCUGGACAGGGUCAUGACACUGGGAAAAACGGGGACACUUGACCUUUCUCUGCAGAACAAGUAGACUAGGUGAUAAUACAUUGAUGUUGAGGCUAUUCAAGUUAACUAGGAGAAUGUGUCACGUUAUUUCUUCACUUAGAUACACUUUUUUUUUACACUAAAUUUAAUAACUUCAUUCUCACGCAUGUAAGGAAUAACAUUCCAUAUUAAUUUGCAUUGCUAUAUUGUUCAUUGGUGCUGUAUAUUUUGGGGGACUGAAUAAAUCAUGCAUUUGUUAGUUCUAGUGUAUGGUAGUGGUAGACAGAUUUGCUUUAGACUAAUAUUAAAUAAAGCUGUACUACCAAAUUGA